AGCAGGAAUAAAAGGCUGGCCUUGCAGGCAGUCCUGCAGACAGACAGCUCAAGUUGCUUGGGCACAUCUUGCUGUGGACUGCAUGAUGGCAAAGGCAAUGCUCUUCCUUGGCUUUCUUCUUGUUUUCCUUGGCCUGGCUCUGCCAGGCACCCAGGGAAAAAUCAUCUCCAGAUGUGAGAUGGUGAAGAUCCUACGUCGGAAUGGCUUUGAGGGCUUUGAGGGCACAACUGUUGCUGACUGGAUGUGCCUGGUGAAACACGAGAGUGAUUAUAACACCAAAGCGUACAAUAACAAUGGUCCGAGCAGGGACUAUGGCAUCUUCCAGAUCAACAGCAAGUACUGGUGCAAUGAUGGCCGGACCCCUGGAUCCAAGAACGCCUGCCAUAUCAGUUGCUCAAAACUGCAAGAUGAUAAUAUUGAGGAUGAUAUUCAGUGUGCCAAGAAGAUUGCUCGAGAGGCUCAUGGCCUCAGUCCCUGGUACGGCUGGAAAAACCACUGCAGGGGCAAAAACCUGAGUUCCUUUGUCAGGGGUUGCUAAAUCCCUCCAUGGGUGUUGAUCGUUUUCUCGGGAUCGCCAGAGUUGGAGAACCACGGUGUUUGAAGAGGAGGCCAGGGAAAUGGGGAAAUGGAUGGGUGUGGGGAAUUAAAGUGGCUAGUGCUAACUCUGGAAGCCUUCACACUGCUGCAAUGCAAACAGAGAACUUACAGCUCGUAGCUUAAUACAAACUAGGUUUAGCAACAGGCCACUGCAGGUGGAGUUUCAGCCAUUUCCUUGCAUAAUCCUGACUCAAGGUUUUAUUGCCCUAACUAACAGGGCUUAGCAACAUUCAGGGUUUCUCUCUCUUUUUGUAUCUUUCUCUGUUCUCAUCCACCUCUCUCUUCCUCCCCUCCUCCCUCCUUUUAUUUUUUUUUUUUGCCCAUUCUUGUUGUAAUUGAGAAAAUAUAAAAAAUUAAUGAGCACUGUAUAAGACUUGCAGAAUCAUGUUGCCUUAUGACAAGGACAGUCGCUAGUGGAGGCUUCUCUCACUGUCAGAGAGAGAAAACUAUGCUGAAACAUGACCUUGCUCCUUAAAUUUAUCUGAGCUUCUACUCCUGGCUGGUAUGAUGGAUAGGACACUAAAACCUAUUUGGCCUGAGUGAAUACAGCUUUUCUUAUCAUUCUUUGAGCCUAGAAUGCAGGCAGCAUCUCUGUGAGGAAACUAGAGGUUGAAAAACCUGUUAGGAGAGGGAAAUGUUUUGCCGUUUAGUUCAUAAGUCCUUUCUCCAAACAAAAGCUGAAUUCAGCAACAGAGCAUGAAUGAAAGGUGAUAACACUGAAACCAUGUUUGCUUCUUUAUGUGCUUUCUGCUGCUGCUAGGGGAGCAGUGACUUCUUUGGUGCUUAUGCAAUAAAGGGAUGCUUAAACUCU